AUGGCUGAGAAGAGUGAGGACAUAAAGAAGAAAAGCGUGUGUGUUUAUGACAGCGAUUCAUCCCAAGAGGAUGCAGGAAGUGAUUUUGACCUCCCUCUGAUGAAAUUGAGCUUGGGGCCAAGAAAAAAGCUUCUUGUUCUUUCCCUAGGAGGGCUUCUUUGCCAUAGGGUCCAUCGUAGAGAAAGGACUGUUUCAAUAAAUCGCAGCCCUGAUGCUAAUUUUGGAAACUUCAAAAUUUAUAAGAGGCCUUACUGUACAGACUUUAUGAAAUUUUGCCUGGAAAGAUUUGAAGUCAUAAUUUGGUCAGCUGCGAUCGAGAGGAACAUGAAUGGUGCAAUGGAUUGUAUAAUGAUGGGUUUAAGAGACAAAAUUUUAUUUGCUUGGGAUCAAAGAAAAUGCACGGAUGGUGGGAUCAAUGCUCUCGAGAUGAAAGGCAAGCCAGUGUUUUUAAAGGAGUUAAAGAAAAUAUGGGAGGAAAGCUCUGUCAUUUCUAAACACAAGGACAAAUUCUCUUCAUCGAACACAUUGUUAAUUGACACUCAUCCCUAUAGGGCUCUUCUGAAUCCGCCAAAUACUGCAGUGUUUCUAACCGAAUACGAAGCGACCCAUGUCAGUGAUAAAGCUUUAGGUCCUGGGGGAGAAUUGAGAGAGUACUUGGAUGGUGUCGUAGAUGCAGCUGAUGUACCUUCGUAUGUGAAAGAGCACCCAUUUGGACAGCCUGCAAUGACCCCUAUGCAUCCGGACUGGGACCAUUAUUCUAAGAUUCUCACUUGUAAAAUGAAUUAAUAGGCUACAGUUAAGUUUUAAUGGAUGAAGAUAUCAUAGAUUAUCUUAUUAAAUAUAAUGUUUUCCUUA